CAAUUAGCCCAACGAUGCCCAACUGUGCAUGGUGGACAGCAGUUCUGGCCUCUAUAAUAGUUGCCACUAUAUAUGCCACUCUCUAUGCGACGGAAUCUCGACAAAGCCUGCGUUUCGGUUUGCACUUCGACAAUGGCGAUGAAGAGAAUUGGGACCCCAGGAACAGUCCCGUUGUGUCCAUUGUUCCACAAUUUUUGCUGAAUCAUAGUGUGUAUACUACGUCCGAUUUCCGCAACAAGCAGGGCAUUGCUCCCCCCUUCUGGGGAUGCAAAAAUGAGAGCUGUAACGCUUCGGGGGUAUGGGGACCUUGUUUCUGGCCACACAAAAAGAUUCGAUGGGUAGGCGAAGUUGAACGAAUUGGUCGCACAAAUAGACCACAGUACCAAAACGGCCCGAUUGACCCAACACUUACGGACGAUCUUUCUGGUCUUUGUCGACCAGGUUUUUUGAUUAUCGGAGCCGGGAAAUGUGGGACCAGCUCGCUUUAUCACUAUUUGACCGACCACCCUCGCGUUUUACCGGCAAAAGAAAAGCAGAUCCACUAUUUUAAGUAUUACAUGCAGUAUCCCAUGCAAUGGUAUCUUCGCCACUUUCCGACAGCCAGCAGCUUUCUAGCUGCUGGUGCUUUGAUGUCUGGCGAAGCAAGCCCAGGUUACUUACCAUAUCCCGAUGUUGCGUAUCGCAUCAAGAAGCACAUGCCUGGACCACGUAUCGUUGCUGUUGGGCGAAACCCAUUGGAGCGUGCGUACUCGUCGUAUAUGUACAACUAUGUCGCACCUGUUAUGAAGAUGAUGCGCAAAGGCAGGGUGCCAAACAUUUCAAGAGGACUGACGGAUAAAGAGUACGAAGACCAUUUGUUUUCUUUUGAAGAAAUGGCGCGAGCAGAGCUUUUCGUCUUGCGGGACUGCUUAAGUUCAGACGGAACCGGCGUCAGAAAGGCAAAGGAUCGGUACAGCUCUCUUAACUGGGCUGCUGCAGAAUACAGACGUCGAGAGAAAGGAGGACUUCCUCCUUUGAUUGAUCUGGAAAGCUUCUGUUACGGUGAUUGGGUGGACAAGGUAGUCCCUCGCAAGCAAUGGAAGGACUUGAUAGAAAACAACCCGGACAAAGUGAUUUACCGUAAAAAUGUGCACCUCACCCAGUCAUUUAUUGGUCGAAGUCUGUAUGUUCUCCCAUUAGAGUGGUGGUAUGCUCUGUACUCCGAGAAGGAAAUAAUAUUUAUUUGUACCGAAGCGAUGAGUGACUUUUCGGGUACGCCGAUGAAUAAGCUCGCGGAAUUUUUGGGGUUACCUCCGCACAACUUUUCAACCAUUGUAAGCAAAGGAGCAUACAAUGUUGGAGGACACCGAGGAUAUGAUAAGGAAAUUUCCUGGGAUGAGAUCAAAGAUGAGUUGAAUGUCACUGAGAGGCCAAAGUACGAGGCCACUCUCUCGGAAGACUUUCUUCGCGAGGUCAAGGCUUUUAUCGAGCCAUACAAUGAGCGUCUUUUUAAAUUGAUUGGCCAUCGCUGCGAAUGCUCCUCUUCGUCGGCAAUCUUAGGACGGGGUUUCGUGGGCGGGGGCGAUGAGCCAAUAGCGAACGAAUCGUCAAUCUGUACGGCCACUCCAACAGCUCCACCCGACCAUCCCAACAUCCUAGAAUCACAAAACAUUCCUUCAGACGUUACUCCUCCGACGGCGGUCUUUUUUACUACCAUCUCUUCGCCCUCAUCGGGUAAACGUGAAUGCAGCUCGAUAGACCAACGCAAGUCUGAGAACAAGAAUUGCUCCAACAAUCUCGGUACAAAAAUGAUUUUUCGUGUCGAGACCUAUUUUCCGUCUGGCUGGCGGUCGACACGUCGAAAACACACAGGUUUGGAGAAUUUGAUUGACUGUUGUGAUGCAUGA